AUGGCAUGCUGGUCCGGAGGAGCAGUCGUAGAUAACGCCUCCCUUCUGAACUUCAUCGACUCCCAAGACCAAAACGCCAUAACCAUCUCCGUCGGCUCCGGCACCGCCAGCAACGUCGACUUCCUCCUCUUCGAACACUGGCUCAGCUUCGACCCCACCUUUCCCGAGCGCGUCGAGACCUGCCGGAAUCAGUACCUACAGCUGUCAUGGGGACAGGAUACGAGAUUCGCGGACCGGUUAGCAGUUGCAUGCCUGCGAGCAAGGCUGGGGAGACGAUUGCCGCCGGAAGGACCGCCGCUGUUGCAGAACGAUGCGCGGCCAACGGCGUCGGCGCUGCUGAGAACGACGGUCAAAGCUAUUGCGGCGGCGAAGAGUAGGGCUGUCAGGCAGGCGGCAGAGACGAAGGCGAGGGUUGAAGCUCAGGAGGCGGAGACGAGGCUGGCUGCGGCCGCGAGGGCGCAGAGAACUGCCUCACGGGGACAAGAUCAGAGCCAAGCUUCAAGUCAGAGUGGUGCAAGCGGCGGGGCGGUAAGGCGGCACGGGGUGCAGCAGAGUGGAAGUGGUGGACGAAGAGGUGGAGGACAGGAAAGUAGAGGAAGUGGGGGCGCGGGCCAUGAAGAUGCAGGUCGCAAUCACCUCCGCUACCUCCACUGCAUCUUUAAUCGCAUGGUUCGCUCCAUCACCACCCAGAAACGGCAUUGGGUGAGCGCUGUCCCCUAUCAUGAUGAUCCCGGUCUCAUCAAGGACUUUGUACAGAUCGGCUGUACCGACAUGCAUGGUUCGCAUAAGCCAUUGCAGAACUCGCUCAGCCCAACUUCUCGCUGGGUCAAAGGUGCUGGAGAAUGGAUCUGGGAGUUCUGUUGUGGUAAAGAGAAGCUGCAGCUCUGGUAA